UAGGAAUGUGGCACUUUUAAAAGUUCUACUAAUUUUCGGUAAAAGCUUUCUGACAGUCAGUUAUUAUGGCAACAGACGAGGACUUAUCAUAUUCAGACGAUGCAUUUGAAGGGGAAGACAAAGAAGAUAUGGAUAUUUUAAACUCAACAGAAACAUACAGUGACUACCAUCAACAAAUACUCUUUUAUCGCAAUUUCGACUCAGUUUCAGGACGAAGUCUUCAAAGACCUAAGACAAGAAGAAGAAGAUGGACUCAGCGAGACAUGACAAAUGCGUACAACGCAGUCAAGUAUCAGGGAAUGUCGCUUCGUGGGGCUGCGACAGCGUUUAAUGUUCCUGAAUCUACUCUUCGGGACAGAGUUCAUGGGAGAGUCAGUUUAGAAUGCUCUCGACCAGGCCCCCCAACAUUUUUUACCUAUGAAGAGGAAAAGAAAAUGGUGGAUCAUAUUUUGUUCAUGAGUAAAAUCGGUUACCCAUAUACUAGAAAUCAAGUAGUUGAACUUGCUGGAGAUAUGACUAAAGCAGUUGGGCGAAUCGCUCCAUUUAAAUACCUUAACCCAAGUCAGGCCUGGUUCUAUGCUUUUCUUAAUCGAUGGCCAGACCUAAAAAAUUUCUUGUUUGGACCUCGAAGUAAUCGAAAAUCCAAAGGAGUUUCAGGUGAUUCUAUACAAUCUUAUUUUGAACAGCUGGAAAAGGUUUUAAAUAAAUAUGGUAUCAAAGAUAAAGCAGAACAUUUUUGGAUUGUUGAUGAAGUAAGCAUAAGUUGCGAGAAUCAACCUCCACGAAUUCUUCCUAUCAGUAUACAACGAGCUCAAUCAGUUAGUUAUUGGAAUCCGACUGUUGCAAUGCUUGGAGCUGCUAAUGGUAUUGGUGAAAAAAUUCCUCCUUUCCUUAUUUAUCGAGGUGAUGGCAUAACAUCAUCUAUGAUGGAAGGAUCCGUACGAGGGACUAAAUUUUCAUAUUCAGCUUCUGGUUGGGUUAAUUCUGAUGCUUUUAUCCAGUGGUUUCUUAAACAUUUCCGUGUAUUAGUAUCUGUCCGACCGCUUAUAUUAUUCUACGACGGUCAUUUACAGUUCGUAAGUGUACGUGUAUUAGAACGCGCUCGUGAGGAUGGCGUUUUCCUGUUUCCACUUCCUCCUCACCCGGCUUAUAAUCACUGUGUAGAAAAUACAUGUUUCUGGGCAUUUCAGGGUUAUUUCAAAAAACGUUUGGAUCGUUUCUUUGAACAAAAUCCUAAUCAACCACUUUUACGUAAUAAUGCUUCACCUAUAUUAACUCAUGCUUAUGAAAAAGCUUUACAACCAAAUAAUAUGAUUAGUUUAUUUGAAAGAUUAGGAAUUUGUCCAUUUAAUAAUUUGUCUUCAUCUAUUGGUGCCUAUUUGAACAUGCAGACAGAAGAUUAUGAACAAAAUAAUAUGGCUGUAGAAAAUGUGGAUCCGUAUCUAGUCAAUGAAGUAGUAAAUCCUUAUAAUCAGUGGUCUAAAUUUGGAUCUGCAUCAAACUACCUCAAUUAUAUGAAUCCAAGUGGAGAUUCUAAAGAUCAUACAGUCAAUUCUGCAAAUGAUUCACAUUAUCCAGCUGGUGCCAUCACUAAGCUGACUACUUAUGGGACAAAUAAUGCUGAAAAUACUUUAACAUCUAAUUCCAAUGUGAUUAAUUGCAAACCGAAUGCAACUGUUCUUACUUCUCAUGAAAACACAUUCAAAACUCAACAUGCUGUUGUAACACAGUUUUCUUCUUCAGGACGAUCAGUGACUAUACGAUUGCAUGGUCCUGCUGCAGGUGCUAUACAACCAGUUUCUUUACAUGAGGAAUUUUCAUUUCAUCAAAUCAAAGAUCCUCCGUCAUUUGAUACGUUAGCUAGUUCAGAUGUAGAUAUUUCACAUGAAGAAGAAGUUGGCUGUGAAGUAUCUACAUGUCAAUUGAUACAAAAUGAAACCACUGGUCAUACUAGUAAAUAUUUCCAGGUAUCUGAUUCAGAAGGUGGUGGUCAUAUUCCCAUACAUGAUGGAGCUAUUGAAAGUAUUGAUGGAGUGGAAGAUGGUGAAGCACUUGAUUUUUGUGUUGUUUGUGGUCAAUUAGAACCUCCAGAAUUAUCUUGUCAACCAAUUUCUGAUCAGGGUAAUGUGGACGAUCUACAGGUUAUUGAUUGGGCACAUUGUGAUUAUUGUAAUCGUUGGGUACAUCUUAAUGGUCUUUGUAGUGAAGGUGCUGUAAUAGGAAAUAAUUCAUUUAUGUGUGUUGUAUGUCGAAAUGAUAGUUCAACUGUACGAAAUGUAAACAAUCUUCAACAAGAAACAAUACUAACCACUAAACAUGACAAUACAGAACAAGAACAAUCAAUCGAUGUGAAUGGUUAAAUGUACAGAAAUAUUUCUUUUUUUCCACCGCCCCUCCCCCCUUCUUUUUAUUGUCUUCCAUAUUGGAAAUAAUUGUUUAUCAUUGUGUGUGUACAUAGAAAACUGAUACAAAAUAUUUUUGUAAUAAACCAGGGAAGUUUUUUUAUUCUAACAUUCCAAAUUGUAUUUUUGUUUAGUUUCACAUUGUAAUAAGUUGCUUAUAUUCUGUUUGUUUUUAUUCUUGACAAUAAAAUGAACUAUGAAGACUUUUUUUUUAUAAUCUCUACCAUGUUGCCGGCAAACAAAGGCUUUUAAUGCACAAUAUAAACAAAUUCAUCCAUAAGUAUGUAGAUAUAUAUUUUUUACAUCAUCGUUUUGACAUGAAGAGUUGAGUUAUACUAGAGAGAGAGAGAGAGAGUAAAUUUCACGCUACAUUGGGGUUUUUUUUUGUUCAUUGUGUUACUGAUCUUUUCCAUACUCAACUUCUUCUUAUUCAUUGCCUUUUAACACCAACUGUGGCUGUGCCAAUCAAAUUUGUAGAUAGAUGAAAUUGUGAUUUUUUCUAGAAAAU